AUGUCCACCUCCUGUACGUUAGAUUCUAGACGGAAUUCGGAUACCGUUGUACGCUUUAGGAAUUCUAACGAAGUAUUAGCGUGGAAUUGCAUAGAUCGUUUAGAAUGUGAUUUAAAUGCUGUUGUACACCGCGGUCGUUUUUCUGAAGACGAAGAUGAAAGAAUCCGAGAAGGAUCACUUGGAAAAUUCACAGUAAUAUCGGAACGAGCAGUAAUUGAUCGUAGCUUUGCUGAAAAACAAAUUCGCAUGGAAGUUUCCAUUUCACAGUUGGAAAAAAGAGGAAAAAUGAAGCAUACUGAUUUGGAAACUUACCUUACUAUUUACAAAAAAUGUUUACACAAAAAUGAUUAUAUUAUCAUUUAUCGAUCACCAACAACAUUGCAAAUUACUUCAACGAGUUUGCAUAAAUUUCCUGAGAUCGUAAUAUCUUGCGACAAAUUAUUAUCCGAUGGCUUUGAGGAUAGAAUUAUUUACUUCACUCUUCGAAAUGCAGCAAAUGGAGAUGUAAUUGGUGAAGCAGAUAUUUUGUAUACUAAUUUGGUUUCAGAUGGCAAGAUAAAUCUGAAAUUGCGAUCACGUGAUCUUAAUGGUAAUCCGUUAUUCAGCGUAUCGAAGCGUUCACUUCAUCCUGUUGGUGUACUUCAUAUUAAUUCUUACAUUGAUAACAAUGUGAUAAGUCGUCUUUCACGUGGCAGUAGCGCUUCAUCUCAGAGUUCUACGGAAAAUCGAUCACGCCAUUCUGUCAAAAAUAGCUUGGAUGAGGAAAGCUUAUCGCAGACCUCUGCUAAUGUUAUGCUUGCUAGCGGGUUUGCUUACCUUAAAUUCGAAUUUAAGAUUUAA